GCAGCUCCAGGCUGCAUUAUGGCCGCCCCGGGUCCCGCGACUUCCCCGCGCCCCGGGGGCGAGCCCAUCCUGAAAGAUGUUGUUGCAUAUGUUGAAGUAUGGUCAUCCAGUGGAGUAGAAAAUUAUUCAAAAACGUUUGUAAAUCAACUUAUAAGUAUGGGAGCGAGAGUUUCAAAAACUUUUAACAGAAAUGUAACUCAUGUUAUAUUUAAGGAAGGCUAUCAGAGCACUUGGAACAAAGCACAGAAGUAUGGUGUAAAGCUUGUUUCAGUCUUGUGGGUUGAAAAAUGCAGGUUAUCUGGUAUACGUGUUGAUGAGUCUUUAUUUCCUGCAAUCAACACUAAUGAAGGAUUAUCAAGUCUAAUUAAAAAGAAACGAAAAUGCAUGCAACCAAAAGACUUUAUUCCUCGAACACCAGAAAAUGAUAGAAGACUUCAAAAAAAAAUUGAGAAAAUGGCUAAUGAGCUAAAUAUACAAAAAACAUCCAUAGAUAAUGAUAUACCAGUUCUGCUCUUUGAAGCUGAUGGUUCAUUGAUGUAUAGCCCCAAUGCUAAAAUUAAGGAUCAGUGCAAUGCAAUGGAGAAGAGAUUACAGGAAAUGAAAGAUAAGAGGGAAAAUCUUUCUCCUACAUUUUCUCAAAUGCUUGCUCUUAAUUCAGACCCAUCCUCAUCUGGAGUAUCUUUGAAUACAUCACUUAACACUUCAUAUUCAGAUGAAUCCAUUUCUGAUGUUUUAAACACAUCCUUUGAUGAUAUUUGGAGAAACUCUGAACAGAGAAAACGUAAGGUGAAGUCAGAGAAACACAUUCGUAAAGCCAACACAGAUACAUGUCUUUCCUCACCUAUAUCAAAAACUGCAUCCUGUAGUCUGUUUGAUAGUGUAAUCCCUCAGCAAUCUAAGAGUAACCUUACAGCAGAAAAUAGGAAUUUCCAAAGUACUUUGACAACUGAAGUACUUACUCCUGAAAAAACACAUUUUGAAGAAAUAUCUAAGAAAAUAUUUAGUGACAAAGAUUAUCUGUCCCCUUUAGCUGUAGCAGAAAGCCAUUCUACCAAAAGUCCAAGACCUACAAAUACCUCAGAAGAACAGUUGAGAAGUUUAAUGCAUAUAAAUUCUCCUUUAAAAGAAAAAUCAAGGAAAAAGAAAUCUAACAUGAAAUUUGCCAGCCGCAAAGUGCAUCGAGAUAAGGCUGGAAACUUCUUAGAAUUGAUGACUAGCCCUGUAAAGAUAUCUCCAGCUUGCAAAGAAGCAAUAUACGAGGAUUAUUUUUCACCCACUAAUCUGAAAGAAGGGAAUUCAAGGAAUUGUACUUUUAAAAUUAAAAGGGAAAGCCCUUCACAUUUAAAAAGCCAAAAAAGUGUCUACAGGAGUAAAAAACGAAGCAUAUCAGAAAAUAUUGAUUAUCCCAACUUUAGCAAAAAAAUAAAACUGAUUGAAACUAGUGAUAAUUUAGUGGAAGAAUGUAACUGCACCCUCAAGAAACUACCAAAUUCUGAAAGAAAUAUGAGCUUGAAUUGCAAUCCAUAUAAUGAAAUACCAAAUGCAAAUGAAAUCUUAGGAUGUUAUAGUGAAACUGAUUCUCAGGAUAGAGGAAGAAACAUAGCCAUAGGUGCAAAUAACUGUCUUCGUACUGCUGAUGAAUCAGUUCUUAUGAGUCAGUGUUUGGAAAGAGGACCUUGUGAUACUUUAGUUGCUUUGGAAAGAGAUUCUAAAGAAGUCCUCAUGAAUAAGAAAGAAUUGAUUAUUCCUGUGAACAUACAAAAGAGAGAAAAUGUUAACUCUGAAGUUUUGAACGCUUGUGAAAGUGAAAAACAAGAAGAUUGCAACUUAAUUUUCAAAAGUGGUGCUGCUCUGGAGAAAUCAAUGAAAGAAAUGGAAAAUCCCUCCAGAUAUAUUCAAAGUGUUGAAAGUGGAAAAACGAAGCUUGAUAUUUUAGGUGAUGUCUCCAAAGGCUUUACGGGCCAAAAGAUCAAAUCACUAGAGGAAUCAAAAAAACCCAGAAAAGUCAAAAAGCCAACAAGAACAUUAGUCAUGACAAGCAUGCCCUCUGAGAAACAGAAUAUCAUCAAGCAGGUGGUAGACAAAUUGAAGGACUUUUCUUUUUCAUGUGAAGUGUGUGAAUCUACAACCCAUGUAGUUGCUGGGGAGCCUCGAAGAACUCUAAAUGUACUGUUGGGAAUUGCCCGUGGCUGCUGGAUUGUUUCUUAUGAAUGGGUGCUGUGGUCUUUGGAGUUUGGCCAUUGGAUUUCAGAGGAACCAUAUGAACUUUCAAACAACUUCCCUGCAGCUUCUAUCUGCCGCCAAGAGCGCCAUUUGUCAAUAGGACAGUACCAGGGAGACCUCUUUGCCAGUCAGCCAGUGAUGUUCAUAACUGCAGCCUCUGAGCCUCCUUGUGCCAAGCUGAGGGAACUUGUGCGGCUUUGUGGAGGCCACGUGUCCAGGAGCCCCUUUGCAGCCAGUAUCUACAUUGGUCCAUACAGAGGAAAGAAACAGCCACAGAUCAAGCACUUGUCAGAAAAAUGGAUCCUAGAUUCAAUCACUCAACAUAAGAUCUGUCCCUGUGAAAACUACCUAAUGCCAUAAGGAAGAAGAAGUCACUCAGCAUUUGGAAGGCCAUUCAGAACAAUUUACAAAUUUUCUUUGACCAUUCACAUGUAAAAUAAUAAAAUAAUAAAUUAAAGGA